AUGUCUUCACACAAUUGGAUCUUUCCAGAUCCCGAAAUCUCCGGUCCUAUGGACUGGUCAGUCAGCGCGUACGGCGCCGCUCCCAUGUCGUUGGGACCCGACCCCUUCAACAACUUCCCUUCACGCACCCCCACCAUGUCGGGAUAUUCUGAGUAUUCCCAAAGCAAUAAUUACGGCUUCACCGCCCCUCCUCCACCCGCCCCUACUCAGCCGGGAUUUUCAACCUCCAAAGAUAAGGGGAAGUCGCGCGCUAUGGUUAACCGGACUCCCCUGCACCAGGUUUCGGGGUCAGGUAAGAAGCCUCAGGAGCGCACGCACCAGGUCCAGACACCUACGCCCGACCACAUGAGUUGGGCCAACGACAGUUUUUUUGACUUUUUUGGCAGCACCUCAGACGGCGUCAUGGCUCCGGUGUUACCUCAGAACUUGAACCCGGAAUGUACCCGGCCUAAUCAGUGGACCACGAAGUCUCCUGGGGAUACUUGUACGUGGAAGUCACAGAAGCUUGACAAGCUCACGGGGUUGCCCCAGCCAACGACCAUGCUCAUGUAUCCCACUCGCAACCCCAAAAUUACUGGCCCUAUGAAAGCUCCCAGUAUCACGUUCACAAAGGUUGAGGAGCUCUUCCCUCCGACAAUUCGUUGUCUCGUGUUCGACGAGAGUGGACUCCUGGCCCAUCACAACGACCCAUUGUUUCUUCCCCCUCUUACGAAAGAAGAAAGGAAAGCGUAUCUGACAAUUCUCUAUGAUAUCCCAUACGUCGAUCUUUUCUGGGAGACAAUCCCGAAAUACCAUCGCGGCGGAAGGUCCCUCACUCGCGGAGAACUCGCUAUUGCUGUUGCAAACGUACUAUGGGGCACUUGGGUUAACUGGCAGGAAAAGACGGGUUGUUCCAAGGAGUGGGAGAUUGGAAAGGCAUACUCGUUGAUUCCGAUCCCUGGAGACUGGAGCUCGUUCGACCCCGCAGAGUUCGACUUGCAGGGCUCAAUUGUUUUGGCGAAGUGUGGGUUCCGGUCAUCUGUAUGGAUCGGCCAUGGAGGUGGUGACAACAGGUUGAAAGAACAUUUUUCUCAAUCGCUCUCUGCUCUGUAUCCUUAUAACUACACUUACUUUUUGAAAGAAUGGCAUUUGAAGCUUACAAGAAUCGCAUUUGACGAAGUGAACUUUCAACUUGUGCGAUCUUAA